AUGUCAGAUGCAAUAAAUACGAAGCCGUUGCCUUCACCUCCAGAGGCACUACCUAAAGUGAGACCACAACCAAACAGAAACUCCAAAGAUAAAGAAGCAGAUGAUGUUGAAGAGGACGAUGAUUUUGAAUUCUUUCACGAGUUCAAACGUGAAAAUGUUAAGGGAAUCAUACAUCUCAUUACAGCAGAGAUCAAACAAAAGGGUUUGGAUACGGAAUACUUAAUGAUCCCUUUCAGACCAGAACAAACAAAUGAAAAAUUAUUAAAAUUACUUAACCAAUUGUUCCCCCAAGGGAAUGGUAAACCCGUGCAUGAAUCCCAUCAAAAGAAAAUAGUCUCUAAAUAUGAUGAAUUCACUUUAUUUCAAGCUUUAAAAUACAUAUGGUGUAGGCUACCAAAUGCCGAAAUAGUGGGUUGGAAAUCAUACCUAGAAUUUAAAUAUAGAGAAGAGGAUUUGAAAUUCCCACAGAAGGCCUUUUUAGAACUAAUGCCACAAUGUUUGGCAUCACCAAAUCAUGCAUCCAUCGUAUACGACUUUUUCGAUCUCAUAGUAACGUUGGCUUCUAACUCACGUGUAAAUAAGAUGAGUGCAAGGAAAAUAUCUAAAAUGUGUGCCAUUUGGGCCUUUAAUGGUCCUCCAGCCACUGCAUCAACCACAGAUUCUCAAAUACCGGAUUUCGGAAGUACCAAAAAUAGGCCAAAUAAUUCGUUACAGGAUGGUUUAGAUGAAUGGAUCCCCGGGUCAGAUGCAAUGUUUCAUUUAUUGCUAGCUUUCUUGAAAAGUUUUGUUCCUGAAGAUUUGGAAUCUUCCAAAUUGCCAAAGUCUUUAAAGAGUCUUUUAUUCAAUAAUGAAUAUCCGCCAGCUGAAUCAACAGCUUAUUCAUCAGAGACGAUAUUGACUAUUCCCCUAGUGACUUUAAAAACUGACAAAUUUUCUAGAAAACCGUGGCAAUUAUUAGAGCGAUGUAAUGAACUAUUAGAUUUCCAAGAUCACGAUGCAUUUGAAGCCAGAGAGGACUAUGCACUACUGAAGUCAUUAUUUAGAAAGAAAAACAAUGUGGAGGGCAUCAGCCGAAAGAUGUCACAAGAAUCGAGAAGAUUAAUGAAAUUAAUGUCAACGAAACAUUCCACGUUCCAGGCUGGGUGGGCCACGAGAAAAUGUCUUGAAAAUGUCUAUGACUUAAAAGAAUCCAUUGAAGUGAAAAGGGUGGAUAUUGAUGAUUAUUUUAUUUGGGCUUGGCUUUCAACUUUAUCAUACGAACAAACGUCUCAAAAGAAGAAAAUCUUUGGCAGACCCCUUAUACUAGAGUUUGAAUUUGAUGGUUUUAAAAAAUGGGUCGUCUUUCAAGAAAUUGAUAUUACUUUGGAUUAUCAGAUCAAUGGAGACAAGAAAAAGAAAUUGCCUCAAAAUGUACCAGACUCUAAUGAAAAGAAAUUGAAGAAGGAGCCAUCCUUGCAAAAACCAACCGUGGAUCCAACGCAACCGGGUUCAAGAAAUAUUACACCAAUGUAUCAAAAAUUCCAAAGCGAAGUAUCUCAAGAUAGUAUAUCGACAGGCGAAUCUACUGGAAUAUACCAUACAGUCAUUACAAAGGAUGCUUUGCAAAAGAAUAGUAAUAAACAUAAUGUCAAUUUACAUUCCAUUGAACAGAAAUUUUCUAAAUGGAACCCAUUGAAUAAUCUUAGAAAGAAGAGUAAUAGUAGUAGUGGAUCCUCAUCGCUAGAUAUGAGGGAUACCUCUAUUACAACUGAGAAAUCGUUGCCAACGCAACCGGAUCGAUAUGUGAGAAAAGAAGAAAAACGCCCAACUACUGAAUAUUCUAUUCUGAGCUCAACUAAUUAUCAAUUACCAGAUAUAGAAAGAGACGAAGAAGGUUUUAAGAUCGACCUUCCGUCAAUCAUCGUUGACGAAAGAGAAGAGCCAAAUAACGCGUAUACUUCUUCAGUGAUCAAUCCACCGCCGUUAAUUGCAACAGAAACAUCUUCACCAUCAGUGACAUCUUCCUCUUUAUCUAAAAAAUCCCGAACACCAGUAAAUUCUACAGAAACUACAAUUGAAGAAUUAAAUGGUAUGGUGGAACAAAUGAUGUUAGCUGAGCAAUUGAGUACGGAACAGUUGGCUGAUUCACAAUCUCCGGUGCUCGAGCCUGAGAGAGCUACUGAAUCAACUGAAGCUGAAACUUUCGAAUCAUUGACAAAGUUCGAUCAGUAUAAACCAAGCAAGAUCAAUGAUACUACUCAAAAUAUGGAGGCGUCGCAAUCUAGCUCAGUGUAUUCUAGUAGGGUGCCUACAAUCCCCACUGUAACUCAAAAGACUGAAUUUGUCUCUAAUUUACCACUUCAAUCAAAUACUCAACCUACAUAUCCAAAGGUGAAACCAAUGCCAAAACAAGUUCCUGUAACCAAUAGGCAUUCUACAGGUUAUGAUAAUUACACACCAACUGCAUUACCUAUCAAUAGCAAUUUAAAUAAUAUUCCACCUCAAAACGCUAGUAAUAGAAAUUAUGACAAUACCAACCAGCAGUAUGCAUAUGAUGUUACAGCCCAACCUCCUCAACCGUAUAGACAGGAGGUAAGAACUCGGGCAGAAUCUUCUCCUAUGAGAGGUCCGAGAACAACCUCUCCUAUGAGAGGGCCACAAGUACCACAACCAAUGCCACAACCACCAUAUGCACAAAAUACUGGUACAUUGCCACCUCAACCAUAUCCUCCACCGGUAGCUGCUGGACCACCUCAGCCAUAUGGUCCAAUCCCAACUUCGAAAAGCACUUCAUUUUCUCAACAGCAAUAUCCUCCUGACGGAUACUCUCAAGUACCACCAGUACCGCAACCGACACUACCAUCCGAACAAUCUACACAAAGGCAAUAUGGUAGACCGCAGACGUACCCACAAGUUCAAAUGCCUACAUCACCAAUGCGAUCACCAAACCCUCGUGCCCCAAUGCAGCCAGGCCCAUAUAAUGCGGCACCUAGAGGAAGGUCGCAGCUCCCCACUCAACCACCUUCUGUUUAUUCCGGAUAUGUCCAUCAGGCUUCGCCUACCAGAUAUGGAGCUGGAGCAUACGUAUCUCCUCCGAUGUCUAACCAAAUGUCACCACAACAGCAACCAAUGCCUCUGGGUCAGAUGCCUGUUCAAGGAUACUAUUACAACAAUCAUGGUCAAGAAAUAUCCCAACAAGGUGGACAUGGCCAUGCAAGAGCAGGCUAUGGUAGAGGAAAGCAAGAAUUAUAUGGAAUUCCUGUGCAGACGAACGCUGGCAAUAAGCUACAUUCUGGAAACGUGAAGAAGAAGCAAGAUAGGAGGAAUUUAUACGAUAAUAUCCGGAAUGGUGACUUCGGGAUAUGA